ACCGAGUUGCCCAAUGCCAGCCCAGACAAUCAAACAAACAAACAACAACACACUCUCCCAAUAUCCAUUACCAUUUCAUCUUCUUCUUCUUCUUCUUCUUCUUCUUCUUCUUCUUCUUCUUCCUCUUCCUCUUAACAACUCCCCUUCCUUUCUUUUUUUCUUUCUUCCUUUCUAGAAAAUGCUCGAAAUUAAAGAUCCUCCCAUUAAAAUCUUCGGCAAGGAGAUUCAACUUCCCCCAGACUGUGAACUUUCCUUCAUCGAAAGCGAUGAUGAUGAUGAUCAUUCCGAUUCCUUUUCCGAUAAACAACCCGGAGAUGGAGCACUACCAAAGGAUGUAGGGAAAGCCUCUGAGAGUUCAGCUGCAAAAGAGGAAACUCUUCAUGAUUCAGAGGAUUCUGCAUGUGUACAAACAGCCAAUGAGGCGCACAUGAAUCCUGAAGUUGUAUCGAUGGAUGAAAAUGACAAGCUAGAAACAGGCAAACCCGAGAAAGAACAGAAUGAUGCACCCAACUCGAAAGAGAAAUUGAAAAAGCCAGACAAAAUACUUCCAUGUCCCCGCUGCAAUAGCAUGGAAACCAAGUUUUGUUAUUACAAUAAUUAUAAUGUCAACCAACCACGCCAUUUUUGCAAAGCUUGUCAAAGAUAUUGGACUGAAGGCGGUACCAUGAGGAAUGUCCCCGUUGGAGCUGGUCGCCGAAAGAACAAGAACUCGGCCUCUCACUACCGACAGAUUACAAUCUCAGAGGCUUUACAAGCUGCACAAAUUGAUGUUCCUAAUGGAGUCAACUGCCUAGCAACCAAAAGCAAUGGCCGAGUCCUAAAUUUCAGUGUAAACGCACCUGUUUGUGAAUCUAUGUCGACUGUCCUCAAUCCUACAGGAAGGAAGGUGUUGAAUGGGACUAGGAAUGAAUUUUACAGACCCGACGACCAAGGAAUUAAAGCACCUUGCAAGGGUGGGGAAACUGGCGAUGAAUGUUCCAGUGCAUCUUCAGUGACGAUGUCAAGUUCAAUGGAGGAAGGAGCCAGGAGGUGCCCUCAAGAACCACAGAUGCAGAACAUCAAUGGUUUCCCUCCUCAAAUUCCAUAUCUUCCUAGUGUUCCUUGGCCUUGUUCGUGGAAUGCACCAGUUCCACCACCGGCCUUCUGCCCUCCUGGAGUUCCUUUACCAUUCUAUCCGGCAACAUACUGGAGCUGUGGCGUUCCAGGUGCUUGGAAUAUUCCUUGGUUCCCUCCACAACACUGUUCACAAAACUCUGGUGCAAAUUCACCUACACUAGGAAAGCAUUCCAGAGACGGUGGUGACAAACUCCAAGCUGAUAAUUCCGAGAAGGAAGAACCUCCAAAACAGAAAAAUGGAUCUGUUUUGAUUCCCAAAACUUUGAGAAUUGAUGACCCGAAUGAAGCCGCUAAGAGUUCGAUAUGGGAGACACUUGGAAUUAAGAAUGAUUCAAUCAAAGCUGUUGACCUGUCUAAGGUCUUUCAAUCAAAGGGUGAACAAAAGAAUAGUGUUUCUGAAGUAUUAUCUCCAGUUUUGCAAGCUAACCCUGCAGCCUUAUCAAGAUCUCGUACUUUUCAUGAGCGUUCGUGAAUGGUAUUGAAGUAAUUUAAGAUUUUAGUCCACAGUUUAAGGGAAACUUGGAUUUUUCUCCCUUAAUCUGACUUACGGGUAACGUUCCUUCCUCCUUCAUAUAAUUGAAUUUCCAGGUUCAUUGUAGAAAAAAACUCUUCGACUUCAGAAGCUUAAGCAUGAAGUGGAGACAAGCAUCAACCUCAAGCUUCUUCUGCCUAAGAAGCCAUCCAGUUUUUCAAGAAUCCUGGAAUUGUUGUCUCUAUAGAAAGAUAGCAGCCAUUGCCUUUUUUUUCUCUCUCUAAAUGUUUUGAGUUUGUGGAAUCUGCUAGCCAUCUUUUUGUACAUAUAUUUACAUAUGUGAAUAGUUGAAGUAGAGUUGCAGCAAAGUUUCUUAGAUGUAUAAAAAUGCAGUCAAAGUUUGCUUCAA